CACAAUGAGCGGUUUCUGCGGAAUCGGAUGCCAAUAAUCUCUCCAAAGCAGGCAACUCUGUCCCCUACUACAGAAGCGAGUCAACCGAGGAUUGAGAUUGCGUUCCGACCCAUUUAUCUGCAGAGUCUCCUUCAAAGCCACCCAUCGCCAUUGCCACAUUUUCUAGCUAUAGCCUCACCAUUAGAUCUUUCAACCUAAUUUGGCACAUCCCCAUUAGCAGCGCCAGAGGAAAUAUGCCGACUUUGAAUUUAUUCACGAAUGUUCCAGUCGAUACCGUUGUGGCCGCUGACAUCCUUAAGGACGCAUCGAAAGCCAUUUCUAAAAUUCUCGGGAAACCUGAAUCUUACGUGAUGAUCUUGCUGAAUGGUAGUACCCCAAUCGUUUUUGCUGGCACGGAAGAGCCAGCCGCGUAUGGAGAAUUGAUCUCCAUAGGAGGCCUUGGACCUGGCGUGAAUGGAAAACUUAGCUCAACAAUUGCUGAGAUUCUUCAGACUAAGCUCCAAAUUGAUAGUUCCCGUUUCUAUAUCAAAUUUUAUGACGUUCAGGCUUCAUACUUCGGAUACAACGGAUCAACAUUUUGAUCAGGAUUUUGUAGAAUCAACAAAAGAAUGUUGUCAAGAAUGAAAAUCGUGGUGUGGUGAGAUUAUUCAAGGGAGUUGAUGGAACUCCAUUCUUUGCCUUUAUAUGACUAUUUGAAUGUGUAAAUGAAAAUAAUUAUUUUGCAUUUUUAUUUGUUUGAGUGUUUCAUGUCUAUAAGUUAAACAAGUUAAGCUUCUCAGUUGAGUUAUUUGCUCUCGUACAGAGAAUUGGUACAUCUUGUCCUCAA